UACAACAGGACAUACACCAAAUUCAAUGACACAACAACAAGAAGAAAAGUAUAUACAAAGAAACGAAGCCAAACACAAAAUAUCAGAAAUUCAACACAAUUUACCCUCAUUCCUGGUACAAAAGUUCGUGUAGUUCUUGA